UUGAGAGUCAUCGGUAACUCAUCAGUGAUUGUUCAGGUAUACAAUCGUCAUGGAAGGACACUUCUCGGAAAAUUCUUGAAACAUGCAGAAAGCGAUAAAUAUGAAGAUAUCUUCCACACGGUGACUCUGUGCACCCUCGAUCGACAAGUGAACCCUCAGUAUUAUCCUGAGUUUUUGUUCAACUUGAUUGGAGAUGGUAAAGAACAAGCACGUUGUGUGAAGAUCUUGCAUGAUUUUACUGGGAAUGUAAUACGAGCUCGUAAGGCAAAAGCUGAUGCUGCAGGAGGUGUUGACAAAUUACUUGCACUGGAAACUGAACAAGGACGUCGUCGAAUGGCAUUCUUGGACAUGAUGCUUGACAUGAAUGCGAAGGGAGAGCUGAGUAUGGAUGGAGUUCAGGAAGAAGUUGAUACAUUCACUUUCGAGCAUCCAUCAAUUGGACGUCGUCGAAUGGCGUUUUUGGACAUGAUGCUUGACAUGAAUGCGAAAGGAGAGUUAAGUAUGGAUGGAGUCCAAGAAGAAUAUCUCGAAGCAUGCAUAAAAGAGACCUUACGACUAUAUCCAUCUGUCCCACUCAUAGCUCGACAAGUUGUAGAGGACAUUAAGAUCAAUCGACCAGUCACUUAUGAAGACAUCGGAAAUUUGAAAUACCUCGAGGCGUGCAUAAAAGAGACAUUACGGCUCUAUCCGUCUGUCCCGCUCAUAGCUCGACAAGUUGUGGAGGACAUUAAGAUUAAGGAUCACAUUCUUCCUGCUGGAACAGGCGUCGUCUUAGUACCGUCGAUGGUCCAUCGCGACCCCAACUACUGGGACGAUCCCGAGGUAUUCCGGCCUGAU